GUGCAAAUAACUAAGAAUGUUGUAUUUGAAGGGUGCAAAGCAAAUAAAUCUAGUCCUAGUAGUCAUGAGUCAGCUGAUUAUUAGGACGAGUAGAAAGCGUAAAAGAAUUAAAAAAAAAAAAGAAAGAGAGAGAGAGAAAAGGAGAGGGCCCCAGCAGCAGCAAUGCAGUAUAGUUGCAACCUUGAAAACCCGAAUAAAACAGGCUGUGAUUGUUAACAUUACAACCCACCUUUCCUUUGAGAAUUUGAGAUCUCAUUCCUGACCUUGAAUCCCCACCCCCACUCAGGUCCUUCUCUCCUCUUUUCCUUCCAAUUCCAUUUUGUUUUAAUUAGCAGCAGAAGCAAGGAAGUUGGAUCCAGUUUCAUACAAUCAUCCCUAACAAAAAGCUGCUACGAGAAUGAGUUCCAUGUUCCAGCUGCAGAGCAAGCAAUCUCUUCCGCUUUCACAAGCCCAAACCCAACAGCCUGGAAUUCGCCGGAGGCUUUCUUCUCUCUCACUCAACCUCAAGAUCCAGCCCUCCUCUUCCCCCGCCGCCGAAUGGGCUCUCCGUCGCUCCAAAUCCAUUUCCUCCAUGGGAGAGUACGCCGGCAGUUCCAUCAGGAAGUGGUGGGUUUGGGGAUGGGACUGGAUCCUCUCCCGAAAGCCCACCUUCGCCACAGAUCUGGAGAUGAAUGAGGAAGAAACAGCCGUCCUGGGCACCCACAACAAGGGCAGCUGGCGCCACGUCUUUUACAAGGUCACCUCUCAGCUCCGCCGCAAGCUCGGUGGCGCCGAGAAUGUCGGACUCCCCCAGACCUGCCGGUACGAUUCCUUCAAUUACUCCAAAAACGGCAGGCCGGCCUCCCUCAUCCGCUAAGAUAUUAUAUUCUUCUCAUCCAUCCAUCCAAUAUUCCUCGCUCCAAUAAUAUUCUUUUGUAAUGCCAAUCUCCCUUUCGAUUCGAUUCCUUUCCUGGGUGCAAUACCAAUAGUAUAUGCAUACAAUUACGCGGUUCUGUAAAAUGGAACUAGUUCCAGAUCUUCACGGCGCAACGCAUCACAUGAAUUAGGCGAUCCUGAUCCUGAUCCACCUUGGCCAAUCGGCAUGAUCAAAUUCUCAUUUUGUGCGUGUGAUUGUUAUACGUACCUAGUAUAUGAAUUUGAAUUUGUAUGAUACUCUUGAAUGAAUGAUGAUUAUUUCAUUAUUUUUUGUUUUCUUUUUGUAAUUUGUGUUUGCUAUUUGUAGUUGUAUUUAAGCGAGCAAAUGUACAAUUAGCACCUUUUAUCUUAUAUUUGUUGGUGGGGAGAUGCACUUGUU